AUGGCACCCUCAGAACAGGAUUCGGUUGAUGAACAGGAUCCUCACAAUGCCAAGGACGAGAAAAAGCCAAAAAGUCGGAGACCAGCAAACACGGCAUUCCGGCAACAACGUUUGAAAGCCUGGCAGCCUAUCUUAACUCCAAAAACCGUUCUUCCCCUUUUUUUCAUCGUUGGAGUGAUAUUUGCCCCGAUCGGAGGGCUACUGAUAUGGGCUAGUUCUAUAGUCCAAGAAGUUGUGAUCGAUUACACGGAUUGCGCUUCUAUGGCUCCCAUUGGCCAACCAAGCAGCAUUAGUCCAGCCAAAUAUCACUCGUCAUUCCGUUCCCGAGAAAUUAAUACGCCAACUUGGAAGCGACAAGAUGGCGUCAAUAGAACUAUACCGGGCGGUUUAUACUUGCCCACAACUGUCUGCUCCAUAUUUUUUGAGAUUCCAAACGACCUGGGGCCAUCGGUAUUCCUUUAUUACCGCCUCACCAACUUCUACCAAAACCACCGGCGAUAUGUGAAAUCUUUAGACCUGGACCAGCUCAAGGGCAAAGCUCUCUCGAAUAGCACAAUAAGUGGGAGUCCCUGUGACCCGCUCCGGAUUGACCCGGAAACCAAGAAGGCAUAUUAUCCCUGUGGCCUCAUUGCGAAUUCUCUUUUCAACGACAGCUUUUCGUCACCUGUUCUUGUUGGUAUUUCAGAUAAUCAAUUUUAUAAUAUGACCAAUAAGGGAAUUUCGUGGAGCAGCGACAAAGAAUUAUAUAAGAAGACAGAAUACAAGCCGGAUCAGAUUUGGCCUCCUCCUAACUGGCGGGAACGAUACCCUUUCGGCUACACCGAGAGUGCCCCUCCUCCGGAUUUGCAUGAGGAUGAAGAAUUUCAGGUAUGGAUGAGAACUGCAGGUUUGCCUACCUUCAGCAAGCUGGCUAGGAGAAAUGACCAUGAUAUCAUGCGUGCUGGUAAUUAUCGAAUUGACAUUGAUGAUUAUUUCCCAGUGAACGUCUACGGAGGAACGAAGUCCAUCGUGAUAUCCACAAAUACUGUGAUGGGCGGUAGAAACCCAUUUAUGGGUAUUGCAUAUGUAGUAGUUGGUGGAAUUUGCAUCAUCCUCGGCGCCUUGUUCACUGUGGCGCAUUUGAUCAAGCCACGGAAACUUGGUGAUCACACCUAUCUGACGUGGAAUAACGAGCAGUCAAGCACGGCCACUGCAACUGGGAGAGCCACCUGGUUGGGUAGCAGGGCGUGA